AUGAACCCUUACGCCGCGAAUCACUACUACCCCAUCUACCCAUCGGGAUCAUCAUACGAUCCAUACGCGGCAAUGGCCACCCAGUACACCCCUAUUCCCUAUUACCAGACAUGCACGUCAAGCCACGCAUCUCAGAUCCAGAACCCCGGGCUCGUCCACCGCGUCCCGUGCCUCUGGGGCGGCGGCACCUGCUCGAUCAUGCUCGACGACGUCUCUGCUGCCGGAAUCAUGCGCCAUCUGCGGGUGUACCACCUCUGCGACCCUGAUCGCCCGUGGGACAAGCGUGCCCGCGGAGUAUGCGAGUGGGGCGGCGACUGCGGCAAGGAGAUGGCAUUCGCGAGCUAUGGCAAGCACGUCGCGGCGGUGCACUUACGCAGUCGCGUGCAAUGUCCAUACUGUUAUCGCGAUGUCGGGCGAACUACUGUCCGAGUGCACCUCGGUAGUGGCCCGCUUCUGAUUCCUGCAGGGCUGCCUGGUGCGGAUGUAGACCCGGUGGUAUUUGCGCAAUUCGAUGUGAUACAUAUAUUCCUACACGUUACCAACCGCCAAGUAUUAUGUAUCGACGUAAGCGAUCCAAAGCUGGCGAUCGAUCGUCUAAACAAGGAAGCGCAGUUUGGAGGUAGACGAGCCACCGCGAGGUGGCAGAAUGAAGCUAAUGUCGUAGCGGCGGCAGAGCGUCGGAGGUGGCUGCUGGUGGAGGGCGGGGGGACAGCGCUCGGCUCGGCGUCUUACCGAUGGCGCCUAGGGGAUCCCGCAAUGUUCUAUGUCACUGUGGGCGAACCAAGCCUAAUGCCACUGAUAUAUUCCCUGCAACUUAGUGAGAGAGUGAGAGAGGGGAAAAAGGAAGGGGAGACUCCAAAGCACUACGGAGUGGGUAUGAGGAAUGCUAGUUCGGUACCUGCCUGCCCUCCCUAA